UCUGUCCAUAACAAUUAUUUUAUUUCCCCUGGUGUUAUUCCUUGUCUCAGCCUCUCAGUCCAUUAACAAAAAGCUUCCAUAUCCUGCAGGCGGGGCCGAGCGGACGCGCGUUCAUGUCCCUGAAGGCGCGCUCCCGGGCCGCGUCUCCUUCAGUAGAGGCAGUGGAGCGGCUCACUGUGUAAAGUUGAGCCUCUCCGGCGGCGUCGUGCUGUUUCCGUCUGUCAGUUUUCUCUCUGCUCCAACAUGCGUCUCCUCCUGCAGACAUGGGAUUUAUCUGCGCUGAGUGGAAACUAACCGCCGGCUGUGCUGCUGCUUCUGUCCGCGUCCUGGUCUCCUUCAGCCGGGAAAACCCUGCAGCGCGAGUCUGAGCGUUUUUACCGACACCGAGCCGCUUUCCCCCCUUGAAUUCAUUUGUUUCCUGCCUCUUCAUUUAUGGACUACAGAAGCUCCGAGUGAGAGUGUUUGUAAUUUCCGUUCACACCGCUGAAGAUGGAGACAGUGAUGGAGAGGGAGUGCAGCGCGCUGGGGGGGCUUUUCCAGACUGUCAUAGGAGACAUGAAGGGCAGUUACCCUGUCUGGGAUGACUUCAUCAGCAAGGCCAGCAAACUACAAUCACAGCUCAGGACGACCGUUGUCGCAGUAGCAGCCUUCCUCGAUGCCUUUCAGAAGGUGGCCGACCUGGCAACCAACAGCCGAGGAGGGACCAGGGACAUCGGUUCAGCCCUCACCAGGAUGUGCAUGAGGCACCGCAGCAUCGAGGCCAAACUCCGCCAGUUUUCCAUGGUGUUUCUGGACUGUCUGAUCAACCCACUACAGGAGCAGAUGGAGGAGUGGAAGAGAGUAGCCAACACUCUGGACAAAGACCACGCCAAAGAGUACAAGAAGGCCCGUCAGGAGAUCAAGAAGAGGUCUUCAGACACUCUGAAGCUGCAGAAAAAAGCUAAGAAAGCUGAUGUAUUUGGCCGCGGGGACCUCCAGCCUCAGCUGGACAGCGCCAUGCAGGAUGUCAGUGAUAAAUACCUGCUGCUGGAGGAGACGGAGAAGCAGGCGGUGAGGAAGGCGCUGGUGGAGGAGAGGAGUCGCUUCUGCUGCUUCGUCUCCAUGCUGAAGCCUGUCGUGGAGGAGGAGAUGUCCAUGCUGGGGGAGAUCACUCACCUCCAGACUCUGACAGACGACCUGAAGACGCUCACUAUGGACCCUCACAAGCUGCCCGCCUCCAGCGAGCAGGUAAUCGUAGACCUGAAGGGCUCCGAGUGCACCUGGUCCUACCAAACUCCACCCUCAUCACCGAGCACCACCGUUUCCAGGAAGUCAAGCAUGUGCAGCAGCCUGAACAGCGUGAACAGCAGCGACUCUCGCUCCAGCGGCUCACACUGCCACUCCCCCACCUCCCAUUUCCGUUACCGUGCCUCCUCCUCCUCUUCCUCCUCAGUGCUCCCCCAGCAGACGCCGCCCCGCCUAUCCUCAGUCUCCUCCCACGACUCUGGCUUCAUCUCCCAGGACGCCUUCCAGUCCAAAUCCCCCUCACCCAUGCCUCCGGAGAGCUCGCAGUUGUCAAAUGGUUUUGACCAUCACGCUGCCCUCUGUCUGCACGGAGUGGUACUGCAGGCCCAGGACACCCACCUCCAUCUGCCAUACUUCACCUACUCCUCCUCCUCCUCCACCACCACUUCUCCCAUCUCCUCGCCCUCCUAUUCGUAUGUUUCUCCCACGUGGUCGUGGCCUCGGUCAGGCUCCAGCCAAUCAGGGGAGAUCCUGCCUCUCAGCCCCUCAGGGCUUGGAAUGAUCCCUUCAUCCAGAAUCCCGUCCUGGAAGGACUGGGCCAAACCAGGCCCAUACGAGCAGCCAGUGGUCAACACCCUCAAGAGGAGCAAGGACAGGAGAGAAACUGCAGAGCCCGGCAGCCACCAGGGCCCUGACGUCACCACGCUAGGGGAGGAACCACAAGGGGUUAAAGGAAGCCACUCUUUGACAUCACCCAAGGAGGACAGGGAGGCCCAUGAGGAGCUGGCCAGGGCUCUGGCCCGAGGGCUCCAGCUGGACAUCCACGGCUCCAGCAGAGACUCUCUGCAGGGCUCCAGCGGCUACAGCAGCCAGACAAACACACCCUGCUGCUCAGAGGACACCAUCCCCUCACAAGUAUCAGACUGUGACUACUACUCUGUGGGAGUGGAUCAGGAAGGCGAGCAGCAGCAGCCGCCAUCAGAUUUUGACAAAUCCUCCACCAUCCCCAGAAACAGCGACAUCAGUCAGUCCUACCGCCGCAUGUUCCAGUCCAAACGCCCUGCCUCCACUGCUGGGCUGCCCUCCAACCCCUCUGCCAUAAUCACCCCGGGGGUCGCCACCAUCCGACGGACACCGUCCUCCAAACCCAACUUGCGGCGGCCGUCUGGGGGCCUUAGCUUGGGCCCCAUCCCCAUCAAGCCCCCCAUGAUUCCAGUCAAGACCCCCACUGUGCCUGAACAUCCCGGUUUCCCAAGCAGGGCAGCAUCAGAGGACGGCAACACACAACGAACCCCGCUCAGCCCCCCGACCACACUGUUGUCACCUGGAAACAGCGGGCCGUUGUCACAGAGGUCAGGCUCCUGGGAGACCCAGCAUCUGGGCGAGGGGUCAGAUCCUCCGACCCCACCCCCGCAGCCCAGCGGUCGGGCCUCAGAGUGGGAGCGCCAGCCUCUCCCGGAGCUUUUAGAGGAGACAGAAUAUAGCGAGGUGGAGGACUUUCUGGUGGCUAUCCGACGAGGCGUCAGGCUCAAGAGGACGGCGACCAAUGAUCGAUCGGCACCAAGUAUUCACUAGACUAGAAGGGUUGGUUUGAGCCAUUUUGUGUCCCUCGUUGAAUUUAAACAAAUAUGCUCUUGAAGGGACACAAAAUUGUUAUUAAGUAAACGCAAACGGGAGCUAUGACAUAAAAACCAUUUGAAGAAGAUAGGAAGUUGCCCAGAGUGUCUGAUCAAGAAACAAAACAUUGAAUCAUGGUGAAGUUAGUUGAAAACUUGGCACCAUCACCUUUUGGCCAAAGAGAAAUUCUUUAAAUGAGGGUUAACGACCACUAACCCUGAUGCUGAUCCGAGAUCAUUUCCCCUGGGCAACUUCAGUAUAGAAGAGAAAAGAUGUGAAAGGACAUUGUCAAACACGAGCAAGUUGUACAAGGUCAUUCUUGUAGCAGAAACGACUUAAAUGAAACAUUAAGUAAAUGUGUUUAGUAUUGAUAAGAGACCGAUGAUGUAGGAAAUUCUGGAAGAGAUAACAGUAAGCUGGAAGGAAUGAUGAGUAUUUUCAAAAGAUCAAAUCAUUAUUUGUAUGUACAUAUUUAUAUUUUGAUGCGUUUGUGCAUUUUUAUUCGUCAAACGCUCCUUUUACAUCCCCGUAGUGUCCCAUUUCCACUAAAAAAGGUGCCAAAAGCCUGUGUGCUGAAUUUUACUUAAAUAUGCUCUAUUUAAUUGAAUUUAUGCUGAUUUUUAUUUUGUCUGAAAUGAAAGAAAAAUUGAGCUUCUACUCGAGCUAAAAUACUUUGUAUAUGUAGGGUAGCGUAUUGAAGAAUGCUGUGUAACCAUUCGCAACUAAAGAUUUUUAGUUGUUACAGUUACUUAUACGAUUAAUAGAUCGACCUGCAUGUUCUUAAAAGUGUGCCCCAGUAUAAACAAUCAUUUUGGCUUUUAAAUUAGAUUUAUAACACAGUUAAACCCAUAAUAUCCAAGCAGUGGAUCGGGAACUGUGGACGCCUAAAACUUGCGAGAUUAAGUCUGCUGUUAGCUUUACUGUUAGCGUCUUUGAUUCUUUCCGAACUGAGCGUCAAAGAUAUUGUGGGUAGAGAUUUAUUUUUGGAAUUCGGUUUAAUUAUUGCAUUUUGUAUUUAUUUUCUGUAAAGCACUUUCGAUCAAUGAUAGCUACUCUAACUAAUCAAAGUACUCUUGCAGACAGACAUGAUCUGCAACUUUGUUGGCCUCCAGAUUCGCCAACCCCUCUGCCGCUGUUCAACUUUUAACAUGUUGCUAAUCUACCAACUAUAAAGCAACUGAGUAAUGUUGUGUUAGCAUAGACAUCCAAGUCCAUGGUAGUCAUAGAAGUUGCUAUUACAGGUUCCGUGUUACUACUUAGCUACAGUUAUUGGAGUAAUGUGGAUUAGUGUGUUGUAGUGAAGCCAGUGUGCUGAUGGUGAGUUGUACUUAGAUGGCACAGAUGCAAACGGUUGCGGACGAGUCGGAGCGUCAGUAUUGGGACGGUGUGCUGCGGUUACCUGAAUUGUAUUCAUUCUAUUGUUAUUCUGGUAACAGCUUCUCAAAUGUGAGCGUUUGCUGCUGCAAUUUCUAGACCUAAUGAUUGAGAAGAUAAAUGGCAGAUUAAAUCAAUAACGAGAAUUACUUUUAGUAUUUGAUCUGCUAAAAUGAAUAUUCAGAGACUGUUGGUUCACUGUCCCAAUACAUGAAUGGAAAAUGACCCAGAGGCGCCACUGUAAAGUGUAAAUUUGGAAAGAGAACAGCUGAUUCAGUAUGACCUGAUCUGGAAUCUAGCUUGCUUUAGUCCUAAUCUGUCUGUUUACUAGCCAUCAAACACUAACUGUCCAGUUACAGCUGUUUUUCAGGUGGUUUAACACACCCUAUGGCGGCCAUGUUGGAGGUCUCUAAUUGAUGUUUUACACAUUCCCAAGUGCGAUGUUGUCACAGCUAGCUAACAGUUAGCUAAUUAGCAAUAUACCUUAAACUCGUAAUUUAGACAAUGGCCAAUGUACAACCACUUGUGGAAGCUAGCUUUGUAGCACAACAACAACUCAGUGUGAGAAUAUUACUGAACAUUUCUACAGAUGAGAUUUCAGCUUGCUUUUGGAAAGCUAAAUCUUUACUGUGUAGACAAAAACAUUAAUUUUCAAGUUUGAUGUUUAGCUAAUUAUUAGCUAAACAUCAGUAUUUUGUUUAAUCUAAUUUUGACACUAGAUAAGGUACAAUUCUUAACAGAUGCUAGCACUGUAGCGUAAGAACAAAUCAUACUUCUUAGUUUUUACUGAACAUUUCUACUGGAACAUGACAACAAGGUGCUUCAGCUAGCAGAGAGCCAAAUCUCCACGACCCUCCAUUAUGGUGCCAGACGGCGCUAAUACAUUUGUGACCCAACUGAAAAUCCUCUGUUAACUGUGGUUAAACUGACAGAUACAACAGAACACAAGUGCACGCUGCUGUGCACUGAUAUCCAUGUACAACCGCAACAAAUAUGUAAACCUGUAAUAGCUUGUAAUUACUAAAUGUCGGACAGCCCGAUGAGUUAAAAAUUUAACUUGUGUUAGUGGGUAAGUAACGAAACAAGUGGAAAUAGACAAAACUUCCCUGUUGCUACUAAAUAUUUUUAUAGUGUCCUCACAAGUCAAAUUAUUUAUGUAUUUAUUCAUUUAAAUGUUUGCAUUUUAUUUGUGGCUUUACACAUUUCUAAACUUUCUAAAGCAUAUUAACAAAUAUUUAAUAUGCAUGUCUUUUUUUUUGUUGAAGAAAAUAUUUAAUGGUCUGCUUUUUUCCUACCGGAACUAAUGUUUUUCCUCAGUUGGUCAUUUUUGAUGCCGUCCAUCAUCUAAUCUAGUUUCCCUAAAGGGAUCAUUAGUGUUUCAUUUUCCAGUGCAGGUUAGCGAAUACAAUAAUGUAGCUGAUGCGAUAACAAGCGUAUGAAGCUGAAUGUUCGAGCCUGUGAGGACUCCGUAAAUGUUAUGAAGAUCUGAGUAACGCUAACGCACACGCUGAGGAUUAGAAAAGUGACCAUUUGGAAUCAUGUCCACAGCAGAAAAUCAUUUUGUGUCAAACAUUUUUAGAAAAAUCUUAUCAUUGUAGAAGUUGCAUCAGAAUUCACUUGUCUAGUCCUCAGCGUGUGCGGAGGCCAUUUGUCCCUGAGCUGUACGUAACAGCAGCUGUCAGUGUGCCCUUUAAUGUUUAGCCUUUAAUUUGAGUAAAGUUGCCAAAUUCCCUACAGUAUAUGCAAAAUGAUGCCCCGGGUUUCUUCUUUUAUUGUAAAAUUUACUUCAGAACGUGCAUUUCGCAGGUGAAUGUCACCAGUUUGGGUGAAAAUGCUUUAUCUCCACAUACAUUUACAAAAUAACUUACUGAAAUUAAAUUGUACCUUUUCCUACACCUGAUGUUAAAGUGGGGAAUAUCUAAUUUUGGUAUUUAGGGUAACUGGACACUUCAGUCACUCAGUGUCUCAUCCUGUAAAUGUGUUACAGGAACACACUGAAUGGUAGGCAGGUGCUUAGCAAUAAAAAACGUGAUUUGAUAGGACUAAGAAAGGAGUCAUUUUGGUUUGUACAGACUUUAAAAAAACAAGAAGAGACCUUUUGACUUUGAAGUGUUUGUUAGUUUUCAGCUAAGGCUGAGCAAUAUGGCCAAAAAUGUUAUCACGAUAAAUGUCCAAUCAUUAAUUCUUUUAAGUUUAAGGCUGAUUUUUGCUCCUGAGUGAAAAUUGAAGAAACCAGAUCUGCGGUUACUCUUUUCUUUGUGUGUCAAACAGUGGAUCACUUCACAAAACUAAGGUGGAAGAUUCUAAACAAUUAUUAAAAAUUUUUACAGUCCCUUUUCCUCAUUAAAAUAUAUCUUUUAUUCAAAUCAAGUAAACAUUUAUUGACGAUAUAUUGAACAUUUGUUAUAUUGUUAUUGAGGAAAAUUAUAUUGUGAUAAUAAUCAUUAUUGGUUUAUUGCCCAGCCCCAUUUUCAGCCUCCUAACUCAUUUUCCAAAAGUCACUACAAAGACUGCCCAUAAUCUGGUCAGAUUGUUUUUUCCACAUUCUUCCUGUAAAUGUAUAAGCCACUGAGUGAUUGAAAAGUCCAGCUUCAAAGAGAUAUUCCUCUCAGGCUUUUUAUUCCUUAAAAUUUCAUUACCUACCUUUUCCCACCGCUCAGCCAAGACAAAUAUUAUUAAAACCUGAGAGCAACACAGAGUUAGGUUAGCUAAAAUCAAUAACCAGCCUCGACUUGACCUAAUUGGCAGAAGGGAUUCAGGAAAACAAUGAGAGUACAGUUAUAAAUCCACAAAGAACCAAAAAUGUUCUAAUUUAAUUAUGCGCACGUGAUGCUCUUUAGCAUCUAGUUUGUUGUCCUUCUUAAAGUUAAUUUGUUCCUCUAAUGUGUGUGGCCAAAAGGUUGGAAAAUUAAUAAUUUGACACCAGGGAAACAUGGAUGAACAAUUUGCUUUAGGCAGGACCUGCUCUGAUCCUUAAAGUUAUAUCAAAUACAUCAUUAUUUAUUAAUGGUACAGAGACAACUUUAUAGUAAAACGUAGUGGCUGACAAUGGCAGUAGUGAAAUAUUCCUUGACAGUGUACUUUUUUUGGUUUUUUUUUGUUUGUUUGUUUUUUGUCAAGCCUGUCCUGGAUUUUUGGGGCCCAUGUAAUACUGGCAUUUGUGGAAAAAGACUCAAAGGACAAUGGAAUCAUUUUAAAUCUAGAAAUCAUCACGACUUAAAUACAUUAAUGACUGCUUAACAUGAAUUAAGUGAUUGACUUUUUUUGUAAUUUUUAGCUGGUAUACUAAUAAAGUUUCCUUUUGUUUUACAUGAUUAUAUCAAAACAGCACAUGAAUGUAAAAAAUGUUAACUGUCAACUGAGGAGAUGAAAUUUCCCACCAGCCAACAGUUACAGCUAAGAGACAGAUACAGUCAUAUUUGCUCGUAAACCUUUGAUUUUUGCUGAAAAAAAAUAACCACCUAAACAAUUAACAGGUUUUCUUGGAUUUCUCAGCAUAUACAAGAUACUUCAAUACCCAGAAGGUAUCAGACACAUGUACUGCUGUGACACAGGCCUGUCUGUGAUAUUAGGAGUAACAGCAAUCCUUUUUUAAUUAUUAUUACUGGGCUGACCUGAUUCUUUACCUGUACCUUACCUUUAAUGUUCUGUUCCUGAAUACUGUCUCCUAUUUUAUGUAUACCAGCUGUUUUGGCUAAAUAAAAUUGUAGCAUACGAUGUGCAUCUGAUGACUUAA